AUGGCAACAGACAACAAAGAACAAAACAUGAAGAUCGCCUGUCUUCAAUUCGCCCCUGAAGUAGGCCAAGUGCAGGAGAACAUACGCCGCGCGGACGUUAUACUACAAGAAACACGGAUACCGUCUGAUCUCGAUUGGCUCGUGUUACCCGAACUCGCAUUCUCGGGCUACAACUUCCACUCGCUCGACGAGAUAAGACCAUACCUCGAACCCACAACUGCAGGCAUAAGCACACAAUGGGCCAUCCAAGUCGCCCAACACUACACAUGUCACGUCACAAUCGGCUACCCCGAAAUCACAACCUCCACACCACCAACGCAGUACAACUCCACCGUGACCGUGUCCCCGACUGGCGAAAUCCUCCACAACUACCGCAAGUCCUUCCUCUACUACACGGACGAGACGUGGUCGUCCGAAGGCCCGGCCGACAACGCGCACAUCCUUUCAAACGCCACAUCACCUGACCAGCCCUUCUACUCCGGGCCCCUGGGCGCCCUCGGCGACGUCACACUCGGCAUAUGCAUGGACAUCAACCCCUAUCGCUUUACCGCGCCGUGGGAGUCGUACGAAUUCGCGCGGACUGCGCUCACGCACAAGACGCCCCUGCUUUGCGUCAGCAUGGCGUGGCUAUGUCACUUGACGCCCGAGGAGCUCGUGCAGGAACCCACGCAACCGGAUAUAGCGACCGUCGCGUACUGGGUCGAGCGCUUCCAGCCAAUUGUGGAUAGUAAGAGUGAGAAACCGGUGUAUGUGGUUUUGGCGAAUCGGUGUGGGGUUGAGAAGGGCGUGUGUUAUGCGGGGAGCACAACGGUGAUUAAGAUCCACAUGGGCGUGGUUAGUCUGUUUGAAACGUGUGGGAAGAGCGAGGAGAAGUGUCUUGUGGUGGAUUUGAGUGAGAGGCCGAAGUUUCAGGUCAGGAGUGGGCAGUCGUGA